AUGUCGCAUCAACUACUAAGGCAAACGACAAAGUCGCCUAGGCUCAUUCCUAAUACCGACACAGGCUUGAGGAAUGUUGCACCCAAGCCUAAGACAAGUGCUUCAAUUGUAGAAUGCCAGCCACCGGAAAUACUAGUUAAGAUUGUUAAAAACCAUAACAAACAUUUACCCUGGUUUGAACGAGAAGGUGAUAUGUUAACAAUUCCUGUUCAUGACUUGUCCAAAAAAUUCGAUGUUCCUGAAAUAGUCGACGCCAUCUAUGUCAGAAUUGAACAAGCUGAAGAAGAACUUAAUCAGACAUUCCGAAAAGUCAAUGAAGAACAAUUCGAUGAUCAUGUGGUUAUAUCACCAUUUGGAGUGCAUGAAAUGAAUUCUCCCCGGUUUCGAGAAAUAAAAUCCAAAUUCAUGGAUUUUCUUGAAGGUUUGGAAUACGGAAUCGAAGAUACCAUGUUUAGAGUCAAAUUUGAUAGCAAGCCAAUUCCUUAUAGUCUUUUUUCAUUUCAAUUCCCUCCGGCUAGGUUCGACAUGGCGAGUAGGUUAUUCUCGAGUUAUUUAACCAAGGGAGAUGAAAUUAUUGAAGCUUAUAUUCCGGGCAAUAAUAACCAAGAUAGUUCUAUGGUUGCUUAUUUCGUUGUCAAGCUUGGGUCAAGUCAAAACCCUCUUAAUCAAGUUUUCAAUGAGACGGUACUGACAGAAGUGACUGUUGAGUAG